AGUCAGGACAGAGAUCAGCUGCUCGCUUCACUCUCGGCGUGUCUGUGGUUCGGGCUUGUUUUGGCGGUGACGCGGCGGUGCAGCCGGCCGAGCGGCAAAUGAGUCAGCAGCGCCGAAAGCGUCGCUUUUUUCUCAUGUUUCAAUAAAACAAGCUACACUGGUGAAACUUUAAGCGUUGGUUAACAAAUUCUCCGUGAAAAUGGCGGUACCCGCAGCCCAAAAUCUGCAGCUGGACUCGGGAAGCCGAAGCAGUCCUGUGAGCUCGUCUUCGGAAAAUAACAUUCACAUCGACGAGAAAGAACUAGAAAACAUCACAAACAACGUUGAAGACGGGACUUCACUCCCUCUGCAUUCUCCAUGGACCUUCUGGCUCGACAGAUCUUUACCAGGGACUACAGCAGCAGAGUGUGAAUCAAAUCUGAAAAAGAUCUACACAGUGCACACUGUUCAGAGUUUCUGGAGUGUGUACAACAACAUCCCUCCGGUGUCAUGUCUCCCACUGAGGUGUAGCUACCACUUAAUGCGAGGAGAAAGAAGACCACUAUGGGAAGAGGAAAGCAACGCAAAGGGAGGUGUGUGGAAGAUGAAAGUACCAAAGGAGAGCACAUUAGCUGUAUGGAAAGAGUUACUGCUGGCUACCAUUGGUGAACAGUUUGCUGACUAUUGUGCAUCAGAGGACGAAGUUGUUGGUGUAAGUGUCAGUGUGCGAGACAGAGAGGACGUGGUUCAGGUUUGGAACGGAAAUGCAUCCUUUGCUAAUGAGGCAAACAUUUUAGGAAGAAUCUACGAGCUCCUUCCCCAGAUAUCUUUUAAAGCAGUAUUUUAUAAACCGCACGAGGAGCACCAUGCAUUCGAAGGUGGUCGUUCAAGACAUUAGCAGACUUUGCACAUGCAGUGUCUUUCCUUUUACUGUCUCAUUCUUCAUCCGUCCUUCGAAAAUGGACUGAAAAAAAAAAAUAUGUAUCUCGCACCUGAUCAGAAGUGUUCAAAUGCUUUACCUUGCAGGAACUGAAUAGGUUAUGUUAUAGAUCAGUUUGCAAUCAUGUUACUGAUUUUAGGUAUUUUAAAUGUAGGCUACAUAAAAUUCCUGUGGCUGAUAACUGAAAUGUGGACCUGGCUAAUGGUUUUCUCACAAAAAUUCUAUUAGGCAAUAUCUAUACAGUUCACAUUGAAGUGGAAUAUAUUUUAUCACAGUAGACCAAUGUUGCCAUGAUCUCUCUCUCUCUCUCUUUCUCUCUCUCUCUCUCUCUCUCUCUCUCUCUCUCUCUCUCUCUCUCUCUCUCUCUCUCUCUCUCUCUCUCUCUCUCUCUCUCUCUCUCUCCCCCCCCAUUUUAUUUUUUGAGUUAAUUUUUACCCAGUGACGACAUUGCUGCCUUCUCCUGCGUUGGCCGUGUUAGAAACUUGACACUUGACAUUUUCCUCAACCACCAAUUUCUGCCACCUUUUAGAUUAGAGAAUAGUACCUAAGCUUUUGUAUGUUGUAUGCGAACAUGUUGCACAUUUUUGGAGAUUUUUUUGGCAUUAGCCUGAAAUGUAAUCCAGAUACGUUUUUCUGAUCUCAUUUACUUUCUGUUUUAAUCCUUUACAGGCACCUUUCUGUUAAUCGGAUCUCAAAUGAAAUCUAAUGUUUUGUAUUUGCAUUUUUGUCUUUGUCAGUAGUCUUAUGCGGGAGUUUGGUGUAUAAUGCAGUUUGAAUAUUUCAUAGUUACUAAUCUAGAAUGAACUAGGACAAUUAUGUAGUAAAUUAUGCACUUAUUUAACAGCCCAUUUUUAGCCAUACUGUAUGAAUGGUGACUUUCUGAAUUUAUUAUGCUGUAUCAUAUUUGAAAAUGGCAAGAUUUCAUAUACUGUUCAGUUACGACACUGAUAAAUACCUGUGUAAACAUUUACGUGGAUCGAACUAGUCUCUUUAGUUUUUCUGCACCAAAGAUAUUUUUGCCCCCUCAGCUCUCAUGUUGUAGAUUAUAACAUGUGAAAGCACCACGCCUCAUGUCUAAUGUAAUAUGUUUAUAAGUGCACAAUAGUAUCAGUGGCUGCAAUCUUGCCAUAAGUGUAAAAGUCUAAUCAGUGUUGACUGGUCCUGUCAGACAUCCAUCCGGUUUUAGAUUGCCUUUGAUUUUAGUGUGAAUUAAGUUUUUAAGGUUAAUUUGUCAUCCAAAAUACUCACAAGAAGAAGACCUGGGACUAAAUUCUGACCUGGGUCACUAAUGUGAAAAUGCACUGGAAGCACAACUGUGGGUUUGUCCUUCUAAUGGGCGUGUAUGUGGAAGCGGAAAUGCGCAUGCAGCUGACUUUUCAUAUGUACUAUAAAUCUUUUUAUGAAACACAAGUACAGAAAUGGAUAUGUUUAUUUUUCUGAGCAUUCUUGUCGGUCAAUUCAGGGCCCCAGUCAGGAUGCGAGACCUCAAACGGAUUGUUAAUCUUCUGGAUCGGUGCCUUGUGUUUUCCCAGGGUUUCACUCAUAGAAUAUUCUGUUUUAUCCUUUACUGUAUUUAAUCAUUUACAAUGUAAAUUGAUUUUUUUUUUUGCUUAUAGGUUUUGAGAUAUUGAAUAAAGACGCAUUUUUGAGGACAUUGAA